UGUGUCUGUUUUUUUAUCUUUUCUUCUUACUCAGUUUCUUUUAUGUUGUCUAUGCUUUAAUUAAAGAUUACCUCUUAGAAAUUUAUCGCACCGCCAUUAAUUUUUCAUUGUAAUUUGUUGAACAGUUCGUGACCAGAUUUCUUCCUAAAUAUAAGCUUUAAAUGACUAAUUUUUGUUGUUGUUAAUUAAUGUCUUAACCAAAGCAACUUUUUUUCUUUUUAAUUUCAUAUCAUUAGUAUUUAGAGUUUAUUUACUUUCCCUAGAUCUGGAGAAAGAUAACAAAACUCCAAGAAAAUUUUAAUGAAUUGUUUCUAUUCGUUUAUUUAUACGAAUCCUUAGCCGUUUCGCUUUCAACAGUGGCCCAGAUUGUGUUCGUCUGUGUCUGUGAGAGUGAGUAAAACUCUAUUUUUCGAAAAGAUACAUUCUUGCAUGUGCGUAGAUCAGCCUUGUAUAGAACUGAGAUUUUGGUGAAGCUUUGUUGAAUUGGUUUCUUUGUUCUUUCUGUUCUUGUGAAGGGAACAACACAAAGACGGUGGCUUUGCUCGGUAAAUAGAUUAUGGAACAUGGUUUACCGUCUAUUAAAUCAUGGAAGUCACUUGUUAAGAGAAGAAACAAUGCUCAAGAAGGGGGUAAAUCGUCAUGGAAAAUGAAACCAGUUGUGGUGCUAAUGUGUACAGUACUUUUGAUCUUUUGGUAUAAGACUACAAAUAUUCAGUAUGAACAAACAGAGAUAGAAGAAACAGAUUAUCCAUUUGAGAUGGCAAAGGAAUCUGAACCGGUCAGUGAAAAGUUGAAAGGCUUACCUUUUGGUAUCAUGCAACCUAAAUCAGAUUUGGAGUUAAAGCCACUUUGGUCAAGUAGUAGUUUGAGGUCAAAGAGCGGCGAAUUGACCAACCGUAACUUGUUGGCAAUGCCGGUAGGACUUAAGCAAAAGGAUAAUGUUGAUGCUGUUGUAAAGAAGUUUCUUCCUGCGAAUUUCACUGUCAUUCUAUUUCAUUAUGAUGGAAACAUGGAUCAAUGGUGGGAUCUAGAGUGGAGCUCAAAAGCCAUACACAUUGUUGCACAUAACCAAACAAAAUGGUGGUUUGCGAAACGUUUUCUCCAUCCUGAUAUUGUCUCCAUUUACGAUUAUGUUUUUCUUUGGGAUGAAGAUCUUGGAGUGGAGAAUUUCAACCCUCAAAAGUACCUGAGGAUAGUUAAAACAGCGGGACUGGAGAUAUCUCAACCGGCCUUGCACCCAAACUCAACUGAAGUUCACCAUAGAAUUACAGUCCGGUCUAGAACGAAAAUAUUUCAUAGGCGAGUUUACGAUAGUAGAGGCAAUAUGAAAUGUUCAAAUGCUAGUGAAGGGCCCCCAUGCACAGGAUUUGUUGAAGGAAUGGCUCCAGUGUUUUCGAGAUCUGCAUGGUUUUGCACUUGGAAUCUAAUACAAAAUGAUCUGGUUCAUGGUUGGGGAAUGGAUAUGAAACUUGGAUACUGUGCUCAGGGUGACCGUAGCAAGAAAGUAGGCAUUGUCGACAGUGAAUAUAUCUUCCAUCAAGGCAUUCAAACACUAGGUGGAAGCGGUUAUCCCGAUAAGAAGAACUCAGCUCGCAGCGGAGUAAAUAGGAGACGCGGUUCUGCGACUUUUGAUUCAAGAACAGAGAUACGGAGACAAUCAACGUGGGAGCUGCAAGCUUUUAAAGAACGGUGGAACCAAGCGGUUGCAGAAGACAAAUACUGGGUGGAGCGGUCUUCACCGAGCCGGAACCGAAUAGGCAAUAACCGGAGAUUAAAAAGAAGUAGUAUGAUUCCAAGUUUAUUGCAGAGGAAAGCUGAAGAGACUACAACAUAAACAGAUACAGUUUUAAUCAGAUUAAAUAUAGAGAAAUGUUUUUUUGGUUGGUCUCAUUGUUAUAUAUAAGUUAAUAGUUAAUCAUUUACCUCUCUUUGAUUAGUGUAGUUUUCAUGAUCUUCUUUAAUGGUUCAGUCUCUCUCCAUUUUGAUUAAAUUCCAAUUAUAUGAGCAUA